AUGGACAACCGCCACCCCAAAUGCAAGGAGGCUGAUCACCCAAGCUUCGAGCCUGCCGCAAUCGGCAAGAUUGUCGCUCAUCGAGGAAAUUCUGACCAGAGAAGGCGACUGGAAGGAAUGGGUUUGCGCCAUUUUGAACGUGUUCUACGGCGAGGACAUCUCAAUGACCUCAUUGACGCCAAUUUACCCCGUCCCAAAUUCCAAGUCAACAAUCUACUCGUUGAGGAAUGGCGGCCAUGCAGCGAAACCGUCGCAACCUGGCUAUUCCGCGGUGUGUCUGAGGUUAUCUACCUAAGCGUCACGGGAAGAAGAAACAGAGAAGAUCUCAAGUACGCUGAUGAUGUUUGGUGCACCUUGAAGCUGGUUUGCCAGCUUGAGGGACAUAGUCCCUACUCUGCUGCUCGGAUUCUCACAUCGUUCAAUGAUAUCAGAGCGGCUGAAUAUGAUAACCCUGUGACAUUCAUCAAUGCCGUUGUUGCAGAAUACGCGAUGGUGAAAGAGGUGGGAAUCAAGUACAAUACCUACGGCCUGUUGAUCCUCUUUCUGAAUGGGGUAGAGAAGUUCAAUUCACUUCUGUCGGACCUGAUGUUCCUCAAACUGGGUACUGAAGGCCGCGAGCCCUCAGACUAUACGGAAAUGUACUUUUAUCGUGUAGUCGACGAAGUGAAAGCCAUGUGA